AUGGGGUCUAGGGUUGGUCAUAGACCUGAAGGUACAGAUGGUGCGGAUUUUCGUCAUAGAGAACGAGUUUGUACUCAAUACAGCUUGAGCCCGUUAUUGAAACGUCGCAUCAAAUUUGUUUAUUUACUUCACCUAAUGUUGUGGGUGCUCAUGUUCGCUCGCCUGCUACCGGAACUAUGCUUAAGACUUGGAUUCCGAACAAGGCUUAUGGUGGAAAAGUGGCCAUUUCCUCAAGGUGAGUUAUGGGAGUACGUCUGGCUUUUCGGUAGUAUCUUCCCUACCCUAUUCGGAUAUAUCUCAUUACAAAGAAGCCGAGCUGGAUUGAUGCGAGUUUCUCUUACUGGAACUGUCAUUUUCGGUCUUGGCACUGUAGCUGUUGGAUGCUUCACAAACGCAUUCGAGCUGAUGACAUAUUACCAAAGUCGUGUGGCUAAGCACUAUUUCUAUGAAUUUCCCGUUGUCGUCUUGACCUACAUAUUUUUCUCAUUAUGUGUUCAGGUACACGGCUUCUCUGUCUAUUUCGGUUACAAGUUAUACUGUAUCUGGUCUGUUAAGGUGCGCAAAGUACGGUGAUUGUUGUUCUCAGGCUCGUUUGCUUCACGGUGAUCAAUAGAAGCAGAAAGUAUCCCCGCUUUCUGCAUAACUUUUGUUGGGAACUUGACUGUUUUGAAAGGCCGAGUAUAUUUCUUAAAUGAAUGCAGUAGUUUCCAAAUGUUUGUGUACAGUUUCUCAUUAAAAAGUGUUAUUCAGUUUUUGUAAUUAUUCUUACUAACCCUAAACAGUCGUUAUCAACUCUUUCGUAUGUACAUAGCUUUAAUAUAUAUGACAUAUUGCCAGC